AUGGCUGUACUGGAUAACAGCGAGGAAGGUCUUCAAGAAACAACUGACCUUUUGUGUAUGUAUGGUGCCCAGGGAGUUCUCAGAAUCAAUGGUAAAAAGACUGAGGAUAUGGUCAUUGGUAAAGCAACCUCUCAACGGCCAUACAUGAAAGAAGCCACAGUGAAAGCUUCCGGAGCCUUCAAUCAACUGAGUAAUAUAUGGAAAAACCGCAACAUCCAGUCUUAUACAAAGAUCAGGAUUUAUAAGGCAGCGGUUUUGACAAUAUUGUUAUAUGGUAGUGAGGUUUGGAACACAACCAAAAAGCAGCUACAUCGCUUUGAGGUGUUCCAUCAGCGUUGCUUGAGGAGAAUACUUAGGAUAAGAUGGCUCGAUCGGGUUAGAAACACUGAAGUGCUGGAGCGUGCAAAGAUAAAUCCAGUAGAGACGUUCAUAGGAGCAAACCGCCUGCGUUGGUUUGGCCAUGUCACCAGAAUGCCAGACACUAGGCUUCCUAAGUACCUGCUUAACUGGACCCCUGCGCAUGGGAGAAGAUCUAGGGGCCGUCUAAGAAAGAACUGGAUGAAAUGUUUGCUGGAAGAUGCUGCAGCGUUUACAGGAAACACUGACAUAGACCUAGAAGGAGCGAGCGAGAUGGCUAGUGACCGAAAACUUUGGAGGGAGAUGAUACGUCACAAACGGGAGUUCAUUGGUGCAGGCCACUCGAAUGAUUGA